AUGACAUCGCGGAUGGAGGCGCGAGUAAGCCUAGGAGAGCAACUGCGAGCCCGACGCCUGGAUCAAUUUCGCGAGCUACAGCACCGACAUAGAAGUGUUCUGUCACGCUAUCCCUCGGCGCAUUUCCUCUUGCCGGACCCGCAUGACGGUCACCCAAGCCAAGACUCGUGGCAGCGUCGAAUGCACGGAGCACAGACGCUGCUCCUAUCUCUCGAAGCGCCGGAUCCCGCCCGUUUGCGUGACGAUGCUCGAAGGGUUUAUGCCGAGGUCUUGGAGGACGAAGAUUACUUGAUCGACGACCUGCCAGAGACUAUGUCGUUUAAGCAGAACCCUUCGGCAGCUUCUGCGUGGGUAAGUACUUUUCUGGACAAGCUGCGAGUGAUCGAUGCCGUGGCUGGGAUAAAGGACAUAAGCAGAACUGCGGCUACAAGAGGACAUGCAACUCAGACUGUGGUUACUCAUCGCCAGACGGCACUUCGUCUUUUGAUCGCCAUGCACGCAACUACUUUUGAAACCCAUCCGACGUUUCAUCGUCUCCUUCCUUCUGCUCACGACGAAAGCUUGAGCAAGCGUGCAUGGGAACAUCAGCUCUACGUGGUUCGAUCUCUCCUUCGUCUUGUACCUCAAAAUGACCGGGAGGCGUCGCACAACUUCAUCCUCGGCUACUACGACGAUGUAUUGCGACGACGUCCAGCAUUGCGACGUGCAUUACCUAACCCAGCUGAAGAAGAUAAGACAGUCGAUGAGUGGGCUGACAUCUUCCUCACUGCUGUACACAGGAUGAUGAGAGCCGACUGA